AUGAUGAAACUUACUACUAGUGCGACCGCGAUUCGCGUACCAUCGACUUUGGGCCUUGCGCCGCGACUACAACCCUUGCUUCUACAGCGACACUAUGCGACACAGUACGGUCUGGGAACGACCUCUACGCCUGGACCGAAACGGAAGACGGUCACUCCGUUUAAUGAUACCGGCUCAGUUCCUUGGUCUGAGCUUUCGACGGGAGAGAAGGCGGCUAGGGCUACGCAGCAAACCUUCAACUUGGGUUUGAUCUUGGCUGGGUUGUUCGUAACGGCAAGUCGAGCGAACCAGGGUGGAGUGGCAUAUGUCCUGUACACGGACGUUUUUUCCCUCGACAGCAAGACGGCACAUUUCAACCGAGUCGUCGACAGAAUCAAGAGCGAUCCAAAAUGUAUUGAACUACUCGGAGACCCCAAGAAGAUUUCCGCGCAUGGUGAAGAGACAUAUAACAAGUGGCGACGGGCUCGUCCGAUUGCUUCGACAAUCAACACCGAUUCCAGGGGUCAUGAGCACUUGUUGAUGCACUUUUUCGUCGAAGGACCCCUUAACAGAGGAGUUGUUCAUUUGCACAUGAUCAAGACUCCCAGUAGUGACGGGUUCGAAUACAAGUACCUCUAUAUCGACGUCAAGGGACAUCAAAGGCUGUACUUGGAAAACGCGGAUACUGGGUCAUCAGCUUCUGGAAAGAAGGGUUUCAAGUUCCUUGGCAUAAGCUGGUAA